AUGAUUUAUCCAAAAAAUAAACUAUAAUCUGCAGGGUAGUCGACUUUGUCUCGUAAAAACUAUACUUCAGAAUAAAGGGAAGAAAUCAAAAGACAAAUAGCUGAUAGAUUAUCUAAGAAGUAUGGUUUGGAUUUGACGGAAUAAAUACAUGCAAAAGUAAAUAGCUAUCUUAAUCAAAAUUAAACUAUAACUGCCGAAGGGAUAUAAAAUUUGGAAUAAGAAAUCAGUCGUUAAAAGGCUUUGCCUUAAUUAUAAUAAUAAUAAUCUUCAAAUCAAGUUAAGUAAAAAGAUGAAGAUGAUUAAAAAUCAGUUGUUUCAAAAAUGUCAGGAGCAUCGAAUUUUGAUAUGGUAGAUUAAUACACUCACAAAACUGAAAAAAACACAGAAGAAAAGAAGAGCUAGAAAAUGACUGGAUUACAUACAAAGAAGAUAGAGAACGACCUGGCAUUUCUGAAUGAAGAAAAUUAAUGGGGUGCAAUAUACAAAUACAAUAAAUAUCUCUAUGAUAAGGAAACUGAUAUUAAAAAACAAAGAGAAGUAGAGAGAAAGAAAAAGAUUAAGGAAGAGUUGGAUAAAUAAGUCAUUGAAAAAUAAUCAAAAAAAGUGUUGAGUAAAAAGGAAGAAAAUGCAUUCUAUGAAAAUUAGAUGUAUCAAUGUACAUUAUUUGAUUAGAAAGAAUAAGAAAAAGCAGAAAGAGCUAAAUAUAUUAAAAUGAUUGAGAAGUAAGCUAGAGAUUAAUAAGUUAAGGAAAUCAAAAAAAAUAGAAGAGUUGAAGAGAAAUAAGAAAAGGCAUUAGACAGCUAUAUGAUAUAGAAAGUAAGGGAAGAAUUGGAUGAUGAAUAAAAGUUUCUUCAAUUUAAAAAGGAACAUCAAUAUUAGGUCAUGUAAAAAUUAAUGUCCGAAAAUGAAGAGAAGAAAAAGAUCUAAGAGAAAGAAAAGGAAGAUGAAAGAUAGGAGAAUAUUAGAUUAAUGGAUGCGUAUUGCAAAUUACUAGAUAAAUAGGAGGAGGAAAGAUAGAAAGCAAUGAAAGAAAGGGAUGAAAAAAUUAAAUAAUAUUAGGAAAAGGCUAUGGAAAUGCAAGAGAAGGAAUUAGAAAAAAAAAUUGGGCAAUUAGAAAAAAGGGCUGAUAAAUAUGAACAAAGAAAAGAGAGAAGGUUGCAAGAAUUAGAAAAGGAAGCAGAAAGAAAGAAGUGGGAAACUAAGUUAAAAACAAGAGAGUAUUUGAAUAAAUAAAUGGAGGAAAGAGACGUUUAAAAGCAAAGAGAAAAAUUAAAGGAUUAAGAAUAAGCUACCUUAUGGAAAGAAGAUACUACUAAUUAUUUUUAAUUUGAAAAGGAAAGAGAUAUUGAGAAAAAGAAAAUCUACAAGGAAUAUUAGGAUACAUUACUUGAAUAAAUGAAAGAAAAAUCUUAAGCAAAAAAAGGCAUUAUUGAUGAAAUGCUUAAACAUGAAUAAAUGUUAAGUAAAAACACAUUGUCAGAAUUAGAUCAAAUGAGACAAACAGCGCAAUGA